GCAGCAACCGGAAUAAUAAUAAUUUUAAAAUGAUCAGAGAGGGAGAAUUGGCUUGUAGUAGCUGUACUAGAUAUCAAGACUAGCAAAUCGUCAGUUUAGGCAGCAAGCUGAUGACUGACUGGUGGCGUGGUUUGUUGACCGACGACCGAGACGCCGGCAGCCAGCGGUGCUGCUCCGCCGACGGUUUCCUUUCACUCGGCUCAUCAGAUUCAGAGCCCGGAUCGGUUCUCUGCACUGACAUUGCCUCCUCGUACCCCCAGUAGUCAGUACAUGUUCGGCCAUUGCUGAGAAGAAAGCUCUAGUUUCAGACUCCACAGAAGAGGAUCCCUGCCUGCCUGCCUGGCCCGUUCAUUACUCAUGCAAGCUCUCUAGAUUUUUUUUCCUGACCUCAUCUAAAACGUGAUUCCAGAUACUUCUUUAUUUUUGUUUUAUAGUACGUAGUAGAAGUAUAAUAAUAAAUGGAGAUUUCUAAGCUUGUGCCGUAAAGCGUGAUCGUCAAUAUAUCUAACCACUCCCCUGAAACAAAUCAGUUGCAAGUACAAUGCAUUAAUUUCGGCAAUAUGCUACUACCAUCCAUUCCUUUUCUUUUAAGGAAAAAAAAAGACACCAAAAAUAUAGCCGGAGCAUCGAUCGAACCUCACUGCAAUGAGGAGGAAGCGGGCAACGUCCGUAUCGCCGACGGCGUCCGCGAGCGCAACGCGGCGGCUCCGCCUGCUGCGCCUCCCUCUCCUCGCCUUCGCCCUCCUGGCGAUCGCCGCCGUGCUGCGCCGCCACGUCUCCGCUCCCGCGCGGCGCUCCGUCUCUGAGCCGGACCCGCUGCCCUGCGGCGCGGCGCCGUCGGACCUGACGGCGGGGCGGUGGGUGGCGACGCCGCGGCCCGUGCCGGCGCCGCUCUACUCCGCGACCUGCCCGUUCCACAGCGGCUCCUACAACUGCCUCCGCAACGGGCGGCCGCCGCUGGCGGCGCUGUCCUGGGCGCCGGCGCGCUGCGGCGUCGUCCCGCGGAUCGACCCCUCCGCGUUCCUCGCCGCCGCCGCCGGCCGCCGCGUCGGCCUCGUCGGCGACUCGCUGUCCGAGAACCUCGCCAUCGCGCUGCUCUGCGCGCUCCGCUCUGCCGACCCCAACGCGCGCCGGUGGAAGCGCCGCGGCGCCUGGCGCGGCGGCUACUUCCCCCGCCACGACGUCACCGUCGCCUUCCACCGCGCCGUGCUGCUCGCCAAGUACACGUGGCAGCCAGUGGAGGAUCCGGAGCAGGUUCACAAGGAUGGGAUAAAGGGGAUUUACAGAGUGGAUGUUGACAUCCCCGCUGACGAUUGGAUAAGCGUCACCAAGUUCUACGACGUGCUGAUCUUCAACACAGGGCACUGGUGGGGGACAUACAAAUUCCCGAGAGAGACGCCCCUUGUGUUCUACGAAGGAGGAAGACCGAUCGAGCCUCCGCUCAGCAUUCCCGACGGCCUGAAACGAGUCAUCAAAUCCAUGGCCGCCUACAUCGACGCGGAGGCCCCGAGCACGACGCUGAAGCUCUGGCGCACGCAGUCGCCUCGCCACUUCCACGGCGGCGAGUGGGAUCGCAACGGCAGCUGCGUGACUGACAAACUCCUUAAAGAGGAUGAGCUGGACGCUUGGUUCGAUCCGCAAUUCGGGGGUGUGAACAAGGACGCGAGGACGGUGAACGCGGUGACGGAGGAGGCGUUGGCAGGGUCGUCGGGCAUCCGACUGGUGAACCUGACCUACAUGAGCGAGUUCCGAGCCGACGCACACCCGGCGGCCUGGCUGGGGAAGAAGGGCGUGGUGGCCGCGUACGGGCAGGACUGCAUGCACUGGUGCCUUCCCGGCGUGCCGGACACCUGGGUCGACGUCAUGGCCGUGCAGAUCCUGCAUCACUUCAAGCGGCUAGAAAAAGGAAAAUGAUGACGAUGACUGUUGCUUAUUUUCCAGUGAAGUUGUGACCGACUGCCUUGCAAAUGUGUCUUUUUUUAA